AUGGCUCCCUACAACGUCCGGUGGGGUAUCAUGGUCUUCGUGCGCGAUCUCCUCCGUGACCCUGCCAUCCGCGGAACCACAGACGUCUCACACACUGUGGUCGCCGUAGCCUCAUCCUCCAGCAAAUCUCGCGCGGAAAAGUUCAUCGCAGACACCGGCGUGCCAGCCCCCUGCGCCGCCUACGGCUCCUACGAGGAGCUUGUAGCCGAUCCUGCCAUCGACGUCGUGUACGUCGCGACGCCGCAUAGCCACCACUUCCAAAACGUCAUGCUAGCCCUGCACGCGGGCAAACCCGUGCUCUGCGAAAAGGCCUUCACGGUCAACGCGGCGCAGACCCGUAUUCUGUGUGACACAGCCAAGCAAAAGAACCUCUUCCUCAUGGAGGCCGUGUGGACGCGCUACUUCCCGCUUAGCGUGCAAAUCCGCGACCUCAUCCGUGCCGGCGCUAUCGGUGAGGUGCUCCGUGUUGUCGCGGAUAACAGUUUCGGGGAUAAUGUUGAGGAGAAGUGGGGGACUACCCAUCGGAUGGUGAAUAAGGAUCUGGCAGGGGGAUGUUUGCUCGAUUUGGGCAUCUACUCCCUCACCUGGGUCUUCCAAACCCUCUACCACACACUUCCCCGUGAGCAGCGCAAACCACCUUCCGCCGUAUCUGCCCACAUGACGCUGUACCAUCUCACCGGUGCCGACGAGGCGACCUCCAUUCUCCUCAGCUUCCCCACCACCACGCCGUCGAACUUGCCGCAUCCGGGCCAGUCGCAGGCCGUCGCCAUGACGCACAUCCGCGUCGCCACCGACCCCGACGAGACGAAUGCUGCACGCCCCGCCAUCCGUAUCCAGGGUACUAAGGGCGAGAUCCAGGUGGACGGCCCGGCUUUCCGGCCCGAGCGCUACCGCAUCAUCCCCAAGAAAGGCUGCGGCGAGAUCAAGGAGGUCGAGUGCCCGUUUCCCGGCGGCGGGAAGGGCAUGUUCUACGAGGCAGAUGAGGUGGCGCGGUGCCUGCGUGAUGGAAAGCUCGAGAGUGAGACCAUGCCAUGGGAGGAGAGUAUUGUCAUCAUGGAGGUGAUGGAUGAAGCAAGACGUCAGGGUGGGUUGACAUAUCCCGAGAAGAUUGAGUCAACCGUUUAUCCUACGGCGCUGUAG